AUGCCAGCCGCCAGCUCGACCUCGACCCCGGCCCCUCCGCCUGCCCCGGCGUCUGGGACAUUCAUCUCGAGCGUCCGGAGGAGCUGCCGCGUAGCUCGGGAGGCAGCUUCGAUCUCGAUCUCGACGGCCGCCAUCGACGCCUUCCUGCUCUCUCUCGACCGCGCCACCUUUGACCGUCUCAAGACGCAGCACGGCCUCGUCUUCCCGCUCCAGUUCCCCAACCUCACCGCCGAGGUCAACUUCCUCGCCAUCCUCUCGCUCCUCAACACGCUAUCCGGAUACCGCUCCGCCUUCCACUCGGCCACCGGAUCUGGGGCGUACCAGAACGUGCAGCGCCUCCUCUUUGGCCUGUACCUGACUGGCGGCGAUGAUGCCGCCUCGACUGCCGUCUCUGGCUCCUCGCACCUCACCGCCCAGGGCCUGGCGAACCUCAGCGCCGGGACGGUGGCCGAGCUCCUGGGCGUAUCGCUGCACGAGGAAAAGAAGCACGACAAGAUCGAGGCUAUCACCGUCGGCAUCCGCGGCGGGCCGAUGAACGAGGCCGUCGAGCUCGUCGUCGGCCUCUGCAACGACACGGGAAAGCGGCUGUUGGACGCCGGCUACCCGAGCCUCGGCGCCUUUGUCAUCGAGGCGCUCAAGGAUGCCGAGCGGCUGACGGCCGACAGGGGCGACGAGGCGGGCGCCGAUAAGUUUAUCGAAAAGGUCGUCACUUUCCUGCCCGGCUUCAACGACGCCUACCAGCUCCCCACGGGGCCGGUCUACGUCUUCAAGAAGGCCUUCUUCCUUCUCCAGGCGCUUCACCAGCGCCUCGGUUCGCCGUCGUCGGCGUCGUCGUCGCUCAAGGUGCCCCAAACGACGACGACGCUGCCCAUGUUCGUCGACAACGUGCUUCCGACGAUGCUGGUACAGCUCGGCAUCGUCGACCUGUCAUCAUGCGUCGUCGAUGCGCUGAAGAGGUGGGGGCCCGUCGAGACAAAGGCUCAGGAGCCCGGCGCGGCAGAGGCGUCCGAGGGCAAGCGCGAGGCCAAGGACGAAGGGCCGACGCUCACAGCGGCCGAGGCCUACACGGUGCGCGCCGCGUGCCUCGAUGCGGGCGUCGAAGUCGUCAAGAGGGCAAAGGAGCUGGCAAAGACGAGCGCAGACAAGGCGUGGCUGGACCAGCUCAACGAGGUUGACCUCGAUGGCUACCUCUGGGCCGUGGCCAAGGACGAUGGCGCGCUCCGGAGCGUGCCGAGGAUGGUGGAGCGGAACACCGUCAUGUACUGA